AUGCUUAAAUUACAAAUUUCCUUUCGGUUGUUGCGGUUGAGGGGUUUGAAGCCCAGUUUUAGCAAUAUUUGCCCCCGAAUCGAGUGUUUGACGGAUAGGAGGUUUACAUGUGGUCACUUGGCUCAGCUGAAGUUUGUUUUACCUGAGGUGAUUGAGAUAAAGAAAGUUCUUGUUAAGGAUGAGAGAACCAGUUGUCUGAAGCCUGAUCUUCAUGUCACCAUCAAUGUUGAUGCACUAGAGAGUGAUGGCAAGGCGAAAUCUGAAGGUGGUGGGAGUAUGAAUUUGAGGAAGACGUUCCUCAAACGGCUCGCAGAUAUUUCAAAAUCCCAUCCUGAGGAUUAUGAAAUUCCAGAAGAAACUUUGCCUCAGCCAUUCGAUAUUAGGAAGCAAGAUAUGCAAUCAGAUACAGGCAAGCUUCCCUUGUCAUCAUCUCCUGGUGAUAUAUUGACUGAUGUACACAGUACAGUUGAGCAGCCAGCAGUGUCAACAAGCUGCCUUCAGGGCGAUGAAGUUCCAGAAUCAAACCUCAAUACAGUUUGCUCUGUUUGGGAAAGGAGUACUUGUGCUUCAUUGUAUGGCCAAGUGCCUGUGACUCCAACCAAAGGCAUAGACCCCAUAGAAAAUGAUGGUAGUUUGCCCACACAAAGUGGUUCAGUUUUAUGA